AUGAUUAUGCCGAUGAUUAUAGCUACAAAAAUAAUACAGGAGGCAGCUUCAACCAUCAGCAUGCCACACCACAAGAAUUGUUGAAGAGCAAUGAAACGGUCAGUAAGAAAGUGUAUUGGAAGUGCUCCAUUUGCACCUUUGAUAAUGAAGAAAGUUCAGUUUUCUGUGAUAUAUGUGGUGUCUUUCGAGAAUCCUUUGUCAAAUCUGGCAAGAAUGGGGGCAAAGUCAAUGGCACAUCAGUAGGUUCUGGAAUGUCUAUAACGGACAAGUCUCUUCCUUCCAAAAUGUCAACGAAAAUGCCUGAUACAGUUCCUGCUGAAGGCAUCGAGAGUAAAAAAGUUAGUUCAUCCUUUGAGAAAGUAAUUGAUUCCGUACAGUCCGGAUCUGUCAGGACUUCUUCCAGCAUUGACAGAAACAAGAAGGCUCCUGUAGCGCAUCAAGAAAGUGGAGGCAGGCCUUCUUCUUCACAGUCUAAGACCUUUCAACAGAAAGUAGAUAAGGAUACUCGGAGCAGUUCCACGUCCAACGAGGGCACAUCAGAAAUUGUAUCUUCCAACCUAAGUCAGCUAAGUUUAAGAAAAAAUCGAACAAUUGUUACAAAAGCUAAUUCACAUGAUCAGUACAAACCGGAGAAAUGGAUGUUACUUGACCAAGAACAAGGAACUUUGAAUCAGCUAAAUCUUGCAAUAGUUGGUCAUGUUGAUUCUGGAAAAUCAACACUCUCUGGAAGGUUGCUGCAUCUUUUAGGAAGAAUAUCAAAGAAAGAAAUGCACAAGAAUGAGAAAGAAGCUAAAGAAAAGGGAAAAGGAUCAUUUGCUUAUGCGUGGGCCAUGGAUGAGAGUACUGAAGAGAGAGAGAGGGGUGUAACAAUGACGGUUUCUGUCGCUUACUUCGACUCAAAAAAAUAUCGAGUUGUUUUACUUGACUCACCCGGACACAAGGAUUUCGUCCCAAAUAUGAUUUCUGGGGCUACACAGGCAGAUGCCGCAAUUCUUGUUGUUGAUGCAUGUACUGGCUCUUUUGAAGCUGGCAUGGAUGGUUAUGGUGUUGGCCAGACGAAGGAGCAUGCUCAACUAGUUAGAAGUUUUGGUGUGGAGCAAAUUAUUGUUGCUGUCAAUAAGAUGGAUGUUGUUGGGUACUCAAAAGAAAGAUUCGAUUUUAUUAAAUCACAUCUUGGCGGUUUCUUGCGUACAUGCGGUUUCAAGGAUUCAGCUAUUAUUUGGGUUCCACUCAGUGCCAUUGAGAACCAGAAUUUGAUUGCACCUGCUUCUGACGUCCGUUUAUCCUCCUGGCACCAAGGAUUAUGUCUGUUGGAUGCAAUAGAUUCCCUGCGGCCUCCUACACGUGAUGUUUCAAAGCCGCUCAUUCUGCCUAUUUGUGACGUCAUUAGGUUGCAGUCAAUGGGACAGUUGGCAGCUUGUGGAAAGUUAGAAACUGGAGCUAUUCGAAAUGGUUCAAAGGUUCUCGUUAUGCCUGCAGGGGAGGUAGCAACUGUGCGAUCCAUAGAGCGAGACUCUAAUACGUGCAACGUUGCGAGAGCCGGUGACAAUGUGGCGGUCAACUUGCAAGGUAUUGACUGGAGUUAUGUGAUGCCUGGUGGGGUGCUUUGUCACCCUGAUUUCCCUGUCUCAGUUGCCACCUCCUUGGAGCUAAAGAUCGUUGUCUUGGACAUUGUGACCCCUAUCUUAGUUGGAUCUCAGGUUGAGUUUCACAUACAUCAUGCAAAGGAGGCUGCUAGAGUCACGAAGAUAGUGUCGUUGCUCGACCAGAAGACUGGAAAUGUCUCUAAGUUGGCGCCCCGUGUUCUUAAAUCCAAACAAAAUGCUGUAAUUGUGGUGGCACUUGAAGGAGCAGUGUGUGUACAAGAAUACUCUAUAUGUCGAGCCCUCGGAAGGGCGUUCUUACGAUCAUCAGGGAACACCAUUGCUGUCGGUAUCGUAACACGCAUUAUUGAGUAAGAAUGGAGAUAAUGCAGCGCCGAUAACUAUCAUUAUCAUUAUCAACCGGACAUAUUACUGCUAGCACAAGAGUAACCAUCUUAUAGAGAAAAAGCCAAAGCGUGUCGCCUUGUACAGGCAAUUUUGCCAUUUUUCACCAGUGAGAUUGUGUAUCCUUGUAACGUGUAGAUCACUAAAUUUGUAAGAUUUAAAUUAAUUUAUGAUUAAGUUUUGGCUUUUGCUCCUGAGAUUUUUAUUCAA